UAUACUGUGGCAAAUUACUGUAUUUUUUUUAUAUCAAAAUGAACUACGAUUUGAAUUUAAUUUUAUUUUUAAUGGAAAUUCAAUUAGCUCAACAGAUUUCAAUGACAAAACGUCAAGAAAGAAAUCUAAAAUUUAUCCAAAUGAUAAAUGAAAUACCAACACUUGAACCAAGUAUAAUUUCAAAUGUUGAAGAAUUAGUCAACUCUAUUAAAACUAACAAUGAUUUUAAUUUGACAACAAUAGAUGCUGUUGCUGAAAAGCUAAGGAAAAUGAGAUGUUCGUACUCUUUGCUAGCCCUUUAUCUAAUAUAUCACGUUGAAUUAGACAAACAUGACGAGCGCCAGUUGGAUUACAUUCAACUAGAAAUAUUCAGUGACAUUUUACAUCGUAUUCUUUCUAUAUUUUAUUACAUACCGACCCCUGGUGUUCAAGGUAUUUGGACGGCUUCAAUAACUAUUGAUGCCUUAUGUGCUGGAAAAAUAUUAUAUAAUGAAAUUGAUUUUAAUAAAAUUCAAAUUGAAUUAUUUACAUAUUGUUCUAAAUGUUACAAAACUGUUCACUUACCAGAAGCACCAUUAAAAUUUUUUGAUUAUAAAAAUAAAGGUUAUACAGAAAAGUAUGCUAAUAAAUUAUCUGACAAAUUGAUAUUGUCGCAAUAUGUUUACCCUGAAUCAUUUGACGAUUUCUAUAAAUUUGCACAAAACACAAACAUUUUCAGUUUUAUUUGGAAAGAUUCUCACAAUAAGGAUACAUUCAAACCACCUAUUACUCAAUACGAUACUUUUUUGCUUGACAGAUCUUUCAAUUAUUUGAUGAGCAAUUGGAAAAACGACUAUUUCAGUUUGAUUCCAUAUACCUUCACUAUAAGAAAUAAUGUGUUACUAGUUAUGUACUAUUCUAUAGUACGACAUUUUGUUUAUAUUAUACAGAUAUAUCAUCAAGUUUAUAAUAAUAAACAUUGUAAUGAAAAUGAAUUUUUGGAAUUGUUUCAAAUUCCAUUGGAGAUUUUGAUAAAAAUAGGUAAAUUUAUUGAUUUUGAUACAAAUAAAAAUUUUCAAGAAGUUAUAGAUAUGUUGUCUACCACUGGUAAUUUUAUUAAUAUAGAGGAUAUAGAAAAUUUAACUAAAGAAAUGUUGAAAAUAUAUGAUUAUUUUAGUUAUAAAUUCAAUUCACUUUAUUUAGAUUAUACUAAAAUGAAAUCCUCUUUAGUUAUACAAAUUCCAUUUGAUUUUUCAAAAACUAAAAAUCAGUUGCAACGGUUCGCUAAUGAUAUGAAGGACUACUAUUUGAAUGUAAAGCGUGAGAUGUCACCAGUUAAAUUUACCAUAUUAAAAGGGUUUCACCUGAAAUGAUAAUUACUUGCUCUCGUAUAUUUUAAUAAGAUAUUUAUUUAUACAUAGUCGUUUAUCAUCUAUUAAUAAUGUAUUUCUAUAAUAUAAUUAUUACCUUCAAAUAUUUUAAUACUCUAUAAAAAUAUCGUUUCUUAUAAAAUGUUCAACAUUUUAUUUAUAUAACGGUUAAUAUUGCACAACAUUUUUGUAUGACUGUUUUAAUAAAUUGUAAUAACUGGUAACAAAUAAGUAAUAAUUAAUUAAAGUCUAAGUUGCGUUCUA